AUGUUCUCCGCUCCAAAGGAUUUAUCGGCCUCUGGCCGAGGUGCUGCUCUGGCGUCAGCCAGCAGCAAUGACUACCGUAUUGUGCUACCUCGUCUUCCUACCGGUAAGCUGGUUGUGGACUCUGUUUUCCUGCAUGCUGACUUAGCUGGUCGACCGUACAGAGCCCAAGACUUCAGAGACGCCCUUCGGAAUGUUAUUGACCUAAAGGAAAUAAGUUCCAUUGGCCAAUUUCAGAUGUCGCACGUGUGGAUGGUGACGUGCAAGUCACCAAUGACAAAAUCAAAUCUAGUCACGUGCGGGGAUUCAUCAGUGAAAGGAAGACGCUGCAUCGUCAUGGACCCUGAGCCCACGGAAGUAAAAAUGAAGCUUUUAUGGCUACCUGAGCGUUUGGAAGACGCCUACAUUCGAGAUUCACUCCAGGCAUACGGGAAAGUGACAUCUAUAUCAGCAGAAAGCUGGAGAGUAUCGGAGAUGGAAGAAAUGCGUACUUUAAAUCGUGACGUGGUGCUGUCUCUUGCUGACGGAGUAGGUGUGGGUGACGUUCCACAUCUCCUACCUGUCUGUGGAGUGCAGAGCCUUGUACUGAUUUCAGGCAGACCCCCGCUUUGUCUCCGCUGUAACAAGGUUGGCCACAUUCGUCGCAACUGCAGAACUCCACGUUGUGAAGACUGCCGGCGCUUUGGCCACACAGCUGAAGAAUGUGUGGUAACAUACGCCGACAAGUUACGACAUAGGACACGACCUCCUGAUGAAUGCGUGCAAGAACACAUAAUGGACGCCACAGAGGUUCUCGACGCGACCGGAGAUGUUCCUUCUGCCGCGGAGACCAGUUGUGCCGGCAAGUCUCGUCUAGAUGUAAAAGACAAUGUCAGCGCACAACCGCCCAAGGACAAGGAAGGUAGCAAAGCGACCGAUGAUCAGUCCAAGCAACAGUGCAAUGAGGCGCCCGUAAUCACACGGCCAGUUCCUGCCCAGCAAGCUAAAGAGGCAGCCGAAAAUGAACCAUCUGCUUCACCCAAGCUUCUCGACACGUGCCCUGUGCUGGUAGAGGACAGACGAAGCAUGGCAACGUACGACCUGCUGUUCGUGGACUGUGACCACUGCAGGAUCUUCAAAAGCCCGCAUAGCACCAAAUGCUUUAUUUCGGUGCGAGAAGCCUCCCUCCGGCACGGCGUGCCCCAGCAUUGCCACUUCCUCUACGAUCUGCUCUGCGGCACAAGGUCCAAGCACCAGGUCUCGGACUCCAGCUGCCUGGACGGUGGUGCGAAGAUGGGUUAA